AUGGCAAACUUUGGUCUUUCUGAACAUCAACGAAUAUUGGAGAAGCUUUGCCGAAUUUGUGGGGAGCGGUUGAAGAAGGCCAAAGAUAAGUACGAGGACAGUUUUCUUUGUGCAGAUAAGAGAGAGAUUAUUUUCACGGCCUUUGGUGUAAAGAUUCGAGGAGACGACCUCGACAAAUGCCCUCCUAAAUUCUGCCACAAGAGCUACAAGCUUGCUUCAAGAGGAGGCACACGUUUUGCAAUAAAUGCUUGGCCUCCACACAAGCGAUCUGGCAAUUGUGUUAUAUGCAGUUCCUACAAGGAAACAAGGACCAACAAAAGCCUGGAAGCCUGGAGUGAAGCCUAA